AUGGCGGCCACAGAAACCCCAGUGAUACAAAAGAAAAGAGCCCCUAAAACAGCUAAAAAUAACAGAAAGCCUGCAGCGACUAGUCGCCUUCGUGAUCUUAUAGCUGCAGCAAGAAAAGCAAAGAAAAAUGAAGAUCCUCCAACAGUACCAGGGGAAGAAGAUCCAACAGCAGCAACUUUUAAAGCAGGUUUCUUCUGCGUGCGGUCUCCAAUCACAACUCCGCUUGCUCGGUGUACUGCGAGCAAGAGGAGUUCUGAUUGGAGACCGCAACAAAUCCAGUUUGUUAAAGGUUGUUCUCUCUAG